AUGAUGAGUAGAACAACAAGCCAUAUUGUUGAAGACGAAACAAUGACUGAAUCCGACACUCGUAAAAGUUUUCUUAUUUCAAAUCUCUUAUCUGCUGAUACAAGUCUUGAAACUGAAGAUGACGAAGAAGAAACUAUUUCCGUAAAUGAUAUUUCAAUGGAAGAAACAAUUCAAAAUGAUUCAAAAUUACAUCGUGCAUUUCCUAAGCCAACAUCAACGUCAACGAUAUUUCCACGUUUAAUGUCUACAAAUGAUUUUUCCUAUCUUUACUAUCUUAGUUAUCAAUAUUUUGCUAUGCAAAUGUUAAAAACUGGUCAAAUGCCACCACCAGUAGUAACUACUAAACUUCCUUCAUCUUCAACAUUAACAAUAAAUUCAUCGUCAUCUUGCUCAUCUUCUUCACCAUCACCAAACACAACCACAACAACAGCAGCAACAUCAAUAACAACAACAACGACAACAGCAAGUCCAGCAACACCAUCUUCAAUAGCAAAUUCACGUUAUCAAUGUGAUGGUUGUUCAAAAUCUUAUUCAACAUUCGGUGGACUCUCUAAACAUAAACAAUUUCAUUGUAUAGCCCAAAUAAAAAAACAAUUUCAAUGUAAAUUUUGCGAAAAAACCUAUAAUUCAUUAGGUGCACUUAAAAUGCAUAUACGUACGCAUACAUUACCGUGUAAAUGUAAAAUCUGCGGUAAAGCAUUUUCUCGCCCAUGGUUAUUACAAGGUCAUGUGCGCACUCAUACGGGCGAAAAACCAUUUCAAUGUGAAAUCUGUUGUCGAGCAUUUGCCGAUCGAUCAAAUUUACGUGCGCAUAUGCAAACCCAUUCGGAUGUGAAAAAAUAUCGAUGUACAAAAUGUUCAAAAACAUUUUCGCGUAUGUCACUACUUAAUAAACAUAUGGAAAAUUGUUUACAGCAAACGACAGCUAGCAACAACACUGAUGAUUGUACCAGUACUGCUGGAUUUUCGAUCUGA